AUGGCCACGGUGCACCACAUCAUCCUCCACAACGCCCCCCCCCCCCCCCCCCCUUGCCAGACAUCACCUAUGGCCGCCACCGCCCACACCACCAACCACAAUGGCAAUAACAAACACCUGCCAUGCAUGACUGUCGUCAACUCUCACACCCACCUCACACCAACCACAAAAACAACAACGAGUGCCUGCUAUGUCGACAGCGCAUGGAGAAGACCUCCCUCACCCUCUGCCGCCUUUGGCAAUGACAAUCAGCCUCCACAAACAGGAGGUCCAUCAGAUGCUGGGGGAAAUCGUCCUCCUAAUGGCAAUGGUGGCCCUAGUGGAGGUGGAGGGGGCGGAGGCAGUGGUAGCGGUGGUAGUGGAGGAGGCGGGCGGGGCGGAGGCAAUCCUGGAGGAGGAGGAGGAGGCGGCGGGGGACCCCCUUUUUCAGGAAAUCAAUUCAAUCCCCCAGCUCCCUACAGUAACAUGCCCACAACCAUGAAAACUGAGCUUAAAGUCGAGCAAUUGCCGGAAUGGGAUGGCAAUCACUGGACUGCCAUCGAGUAUUUCUGGCAAGUUCAACAACUUGCUUGCUUGGGUGGUUGGAUCCCAGAAGCACUGGGAUAUUGGUUAUGGUUCCGCCUGAAGGAUAGUUCACCUGUAAAAAGGUGGUUCGUAACCCUACCAGUUUCUCAUCAGACUUAUAUGCGGUCCCACUAUCUUAAGUUCAUGAAAGGCCUUAAGGAUGGCUACUUAGGGCAUCGUUGGCAACUGAAAAUGAACAGUUACUACAAUUCCCAAUCAUUCCGCAAGAGAAAUCACAAACGUGAAUCACCCUCUGACUUUAGUGUUUAA